UCCGGGAGAGCACAGCUGUCUCACACAACAACGAAACCAGAUAUCCCCACCACAGCCACCGCAGCUUGCAGCUGUCCUAGCAGGAACAGAGAGAGAAAAAGGGAGCUUGGCGGGAACAGGGCUGCUGCAUGCAUCAUCAUCCCCUCCGCCAGCCCCGCGUGUGAUGCCGCCAGUGGCUGGGCGAGGAGGAGAGUGAUGCUGAUGCUGCUGCUGCUGCACUUGCUAUGCAGCUAAUGAUUAAUUGCACUGCUCUGGGGCCUGUACUGCGCAUGCUGCAGGUGCACACUGCUCCUCCAUCUUAUGCUUCCUGCAGUCUGAGAGCCGGGCACACUCGGCCGUUUCAUAAAUAACGCGGUGGGUUAUUCAUCUCUUCAGCAGCCGGGAAGAAGGCGAGACGGUGCAGCUGCUGACUGACCACACGGAUACUGGGGGAAGGGAUGCACAGGAGCGGCCAGCGGCUCGGUGACUCCUCCAUCAUGCUGCAUAUCUGACGCUUUGCACCUGUUACGAAAGGAAGAUGGAUGUUUACAUGGUUGCAUGAAGAGAAGCUGCGAGUAACCUGAGGGGUCUAUUGUCCUGAAGUUAAUGCAUCGAGAUGAAGUUCAUUUUGGGGAUUUUGGCGUUCCUUGUAUUUUCCUUGUGGCUGGAUGGCGUACAUUCUAAAGAGAAGUCUUCAAAAAAAGGGAAAGGAAAAAAGCAGCAAUAUCUCUGCCCAUCUCAGCAAUCUGCAGAAGAUCUUGCAAGAGUUCCUGUUAACUCCACAAGCAACAUAUUGAACAGACUAUUGGUCAGUUAUGACCCAAGGAUAAGGCCAAACUUCAAAGGUAUUCCAGUCGAUGUUGUAGUCAACAUUUUUAUUAACAGUUUUGGAUCCAUCCAAGAAACAACCAUGGAUUACAGGGUCAAUAUCUUCCUAAGGCAGAGAUGGAAUGACCCUCGACUUAAACUUCCUAGUGAUUUUAGAGGGUCAGAUGCACUCACAGUGGAUCCAACAAUGUUUAAGUGUCUCUGGAAGCCAGAUUUAUUUUUUGCAAAUGAAAAGAAUGCCAAUUUUCAUGAUGUCACCCAAGAAAAUAUCCUCUUAUUUAUUUUUCGUGACGGAGAUGUUCUUCUUAGCAUGAGGUUGUCCAUUACCUUGUCCUGUCCUUUGGAUCUAACCUUAUUUCCAAUGGAUACACAGCGUUGCAAGAUGCAGUUGGAAAGUUUUGGAUAUACAACGGAUGAUUUGCGGUUUAUUUGGCAGUCAGGUGACCCUGUGCAAAUGGAAAAAAUAGCUUUGCCUCAAUUUGAUAUUAAAACAGAAGAUAUUGAAUAUGGUAACUGCACAAAGUACUACAAAGGCACCGGUUAUUACACUUGUGUAGAGGUCAUCUUCACCUUGCAGAGACAAGUUGGAUUCUACAUGAUGGGUGUCUACGCUCCCACCCUGCUUAUUGUAGUCCUCUCCUGGCUUUCUUUUUGGAUUAACCCGGAUGCCAGCGCUGCCAGAGUGCCACUAGGUAUUUUUUCAGUUCUGAGCUUGGCGUCUGAAUGCACCACUCUGGCACAGGAGCUGCCGAAGGUGUCCUACGUGAAAGCCAUUGAUGUCUGGCUGAUCACUUGCCUUCUUUUUGGCUUUGCCUCCCUUGUCGAGUAUGCUGUAGUCCAGGUGUUCCUGAACAGCCCAAAGAGGAUUGAAGCUGAGAAAGAAAAAAUAGCCAAGGCUGAGCAAGCAGAAGGAAAAGGACCUAAUGCGGCGAAAAAGAAUACAGUCAAUGGGACUGGUACACCUGUCCAUAUCAGCACACUACAAGUUGCAGAAACAAGAUGCAAAAAAGUCUGCACUUCUAAAUCCGAUCUGAGAUCCAAUGACUUCAGCAUUGUCGGAAGCUUGCCCAGAGAUUUUGAAUUGUCCAAUUAUGAUUGUUAUGGAAAACCAAUAGACGUCAACAAUGGUCUAGGAAAAUCACAAAUAAAGAACAAUAAAAAGCCGCCUCCUGCCAAGCCGGUCAUUCCAUCAGAAGCCAAACGAAUCGACCUUUACUCAAGGGCCUUGUUUCCUUUCUGCUUCUUGUUCUUUAAUGUUAUAUAUUGGCUGGUAUAUUUAUGAUAACUCGAGGUCUUACUUUGAGUUCACAAGAAAAGCCACCAUUACUCUUACACUCCUUGCAGCCAACUUGUGAUCUUGUCUACAUUUGCAAAGCAAUAUCUUACAUUGUAGAUGCCAUGCAAUUGUAAUGAAAAUGGGAUUUUUUUUCAAAAUGGAAGCAUGACACUGCAAUGUCUGUGCUUAAAAUGAUGUAUAUACAUGUAAGGUAAACUUUCUGCUAUAACCACGGUUAUGAGUAUUGCAUACAUAAAAUCCCCAGACUUCUACUAUUUUAUUAUGAAAAGUUAUGACAUGCUUUCAAGAAAACUUUGUGCACGUUGAGUGUCAUUCAAAUCAUAUUUCCAUUUAUGUAGUAUUUAAAGGUAAAUCCUUCUUAUUUUCAAAUGAAAAUAUAUUAUAUAAGUUUGGAUAGCACUGUGUCCAGACAAAAAUGUACAGUUAUUCAAAACAUAAAAAUAUAUAUAUAUUUAAUUCAUAAUUAAAAGUUAACCCCUGUCAAUGUGUAAGAUACAUGAUCAAAGACUAUUUUUUGUAAAAUUAACUAUUUAAGAAACUGCGCUGUAUCCUUUGCGUGAGCUAAAGCUAAUGUGUAAAAAAAACGACAUAUUAAAAACUGUAAAUCAAA